CUGGCAAUUACAUAAAAAAGUUCCCAGCUUUACAGAUUUCGAAACAAAAAAAAAGCUUGAUUGGUUCUUGAAGUAAGAUCCCAAGAAAGAGAGAAGCUUUUGUAUUUGCAUAGUUGUCAUGAUGACCUUUUAUACUAAACUAUGCCUUUCUUCCUCACCAAUUCAACACUUUACUUACAGAGGUACUUCAGUUUUGUUAUCCUUUUCUUCUUCUAUAUAAAUUUUCAAAUUGUUUAAACACUGACCCAGCUGCUUGAUUUGUCUCUGUUAUAAUAUACUGAAUCUUCUUUGAUUUUCACUGUUUGAUUGGGGUAAAAAGUUUAGAAUUUAGAAUGAGUGAUGGGUGAUUUGUUUUUUCAGCAAUGGAAUGAUAUAGUUCUCAAGUUGUUUGUAAUAAUGACUCAAAGAAGAAGUCUUUUUGUUACAACAACAAAAGAAAAUUCAGGAUUUCUUAUGUAAAAUUACAACAAAAAUGUAAAGGUGUUAGUUAAUGUCGAUAGUGAAAUGGAAUGAUUGAAUUUACAUGGUCCACUUUGAAUAUCUCUAAUCAUUUCUGUGGUUUCAAUUUCUUUCAUAUCCAAAUCAUCGAUCACUUCAUAACAGCUUGAUGAAGAGUAUUUAUGUCGUUGAUACAGUUUUUACCCAAAUGGGAAAGAUAAAAACUCUUUUCAUAUUGCUGUGUAACCUUUUACCUUUUGAGUUUAAAAAGUUUCCUUUUUUAUGUUUUCAAUUCAAAACUAUAACAUUAGUGGUAAUUUGAUUAUGUAUUUCUCAGUAAUAAAGAUUGGAUUUUACUUUAAAACCUAGUUAAGUUAUUGUUUGUUUGAUGGCUUUUGUUGACAAUUAUUAGUUUGAUCUUGUUCUCAGUAACAAACAAUGGGUAGAAAAAUGAAUUGGAGAUAAACAAAAAUGAAGCGAUUAUUGGAAUGAAAAAGUAAGAGCAAGUGGGGACGUGUUAAGGGGCCUUUGUGUUAACAUAAAACCAGGAGAAGCAUACAUUUCUUGCUUUAUCUACCUGUAAGGAUGAUGAUCUCUUACAUGAUUCUUUCAAUGUGUUUUUACAUGUGUGUCAGAUCUUUCUUUUAUUCACCAAACUUUAUUCCUCUCUGCCAUUUCCAUCUGGAAAAAUAAAAAGCUCAUGUAACUCCCACUCAACAAUAUAACAUGCUAUACCACAUGUACUUUGCAGUUUUCUUGUGCUUAGACUUGCAAUUUCACUCAACCUUUUUUUAAUGCUUGCUUAAGAUCUCAGGCAUCCUCUGUUUUUUUUUUUUUUUUUUGGUACCAUCUUGAACCAUUUUGGCUUUUGCCUUGGAUGUUUUGCUGAUUCUUUGCUUUCUAUUUCACUUUGAUUUUUGGUUUUCCUAUCAGAUGGAUGAUAGUAGGCAAAACGCUUCUUGAGAUUCAGAUUUAGUCAUCUCUGCUAAGAUUGAUUGUGUUGUUGCCCUUUGUUUUUUUUUGUAAGAGCAACCACCAUGUCCAUAAGAGAUGAGAAACAGUGUGAGAUGAGAAACGAAAUGAUGCUAUUUGGUUUACUGAUUAGGAGAAUCUUUGAUGAGGAGAGUGGUAAGCUUCUUCAGAGGCUUGAGGAUGCCAAUUGUGAAAUUACAGAGUUGAAGAAAGUGAGAAAUGAUGAUGCAAAAGCUAACGAGAAGGUAGUUAGCAUAAUCGCGUCUCAGAAACAGAAUUGGUUAAGGGAGAGGUAUGGAUUAAGGCUGCAGAUUGAAGCUCUGAUGAAGGAACUAAGGAAUAUAGAGAAGAGGAAGAGACAUAGCUUACUGGAAUUGCAAGAAAGAUUAAAGGAAAAGGAAGGUUUAUUGGAAUCUAAAGAUAAGGCAAUAGAAGAAGAGAAGCGUAAAUGCGAAUUGUUAGAGGAAAGGCUAGUGAAAGCAGAAAAGGAAGUUCAAGAUUUAAGGGAAACACAAGAGAGAGAUGUGCAAGAACAUUCUUCUGAGCUGUGGAGGCAAAAGAAGACAUUCCUUGAGCUUGCUUCUAGCCAGAGACAACUUGAAGCUGAACUGAGUCGUGCAAAUAAGCAAAUUGAGGCUAAAGGACAUGAACUUGAAGACUUGUCAUUAGAAAUCAAUAAGAUGCGGAAAGAUUUGGAACAGAAAGAUCGAAUCUUGGCUGUGAUGAUGAAAAAGUCAAAACUGGACAUGACGGAGAAGCAGAUGACAUUGCUUAAGGAGGCAAAGAAAAAGCAAGAUGAAGAAGAAGCAAAGAAAUGGAAAAUGAAUCCAAAGUCAAGAAAACACGAGAGACGGUCACUAAGAAGCAUGUUUGCUUUUGAAGCCACAAGUAAGCCUAAAACCAACAGUGUAGGUUCCAUUACUCACAUUGAACAUCUGGAUUGGAAUAAAGAUCCUGAUGUCGUCCCCUACUCUAUUGGUGAUCUCAGUGAACUAGGAGUCGAUGGAAAUGCAAAGAAGCGUGAGAAUUUGGUUUUUGGGGAGGAAGAACUUUGUAUUAGAGUGAUAGGGAACAAGCAAGAGAUAGAGAUAGGGGAUUUUACUGAGCAUAUGAAACUAAAAGAUGAAAAGGUUGAAACUCUGUGUUUGCAUCUGAUGAACUCUGAGUUAGAAUCAAAGCGGUUGCGAUCUUGUAUUGAAGGACUGAGCCAAGAAAUGUUACAGUUGAGACAUGACAACACACAGUUAGAAGGCAUGGUAAAUCGAAGAGGGGAGGAGUCGGUUUCCCUGAAGAAUCAAGAUUUCAAGACUCAGCCAAAAAGCUUGGUUCCCCACAAGAACAAUAUGAGUUGUAGAAGAAAGAACACAAAAACAGAAGCACGAGGAGAGCAAGAAAGAGAAUUUGAUUCAAGGGAUGUUUCUCAGGUAAAUGCUACCGAGAAAGGAAGGGAAUCAUACUCUCCUGAUGAAUUGAGACAUUUGACUUUGAAAGCUGCUCAAUCUGAUGCUGAAGAAGGAUCUGAAAACGAAAGACUCUUACCAGAGAAUGAGUGUACCAAAAGAGAAAAAGCGAAUAGUAAGGAGAGUAAGAGCCUAAUAUCAAGCACAAGCAAUCCACCUUGGAGAAUGGAUCUUCAUGCUCUUGGAGUUUCAUACAAGAUCAAAAGGCUGAAACAACAACUGAUGAUGCUUGAAAGAUAUAUUGGUAAACCGGAGAGCCAAGAGACUGAAAAAAACAGCAGUGAUACCGGAAAAAGGGCUUUGUUAUUGCUCAUUACAUUGCUCAACAAACAAGUUACUAGGUAUCAAUCACUACAAGAGAAGAUUGAUGAUUUGUGCAAAAGAAUGCAUGUGAAUGAUCCGCAGAAGAUUAGCGGAAAAAACAGAGCAAAUGGGGAAGCCAAAACAUCACUAGAGCAUUUCUUAGAUGAGACAUUUCAGCUGCAAAGAUACAUAGUGGCAACAGGACAAAAACUGAUGGAAAUCCAAUCCAAGAUCGCUUCUGGCUUUGUUGAGUUUCUAGUAGACCUAAUCACAACUGAAUCCUCCUCUUCUAGUAGCAGCUUUGAUCCAGAACGUUUUGCAGAAAACAUCAAAAGUCUGUUUCAGGAAGUGCAAAGAGGUCUUGAGGUUAGGAUAUCCCGAUGCAUAGGUGAUCUUGAAGGGACAUUAGCUCGUGAGGGAAUGAUACAUUUGAAACGACGGGCCGACAUGGAGCUACGAGUAUGAGAAGCUACAAAAUGUGUAAAUUAUUUACUUCCUCUUCAGCUAUUAUUGAAGUAAAUGAGAGAUAUUAGCUUUUGUAUAUAGAUUUUACUUAUAUAUAGGGGACCAGUGGUCAUAUUUAAACUCCUGAAAUCUUAGUUAAUAGCUCAAUCAGAUUAUUGAACUAUCGAAAUUUCGGUUUGGUGUUGGUUAGCAGCUUGAUUAGAAAUCCCCAUCCUUAUAUAAAGGACCACAUGAGUAUUAUAAAG